GUUUCUAUUCUGUAUAAAAUGACAAUCCGAGGACAAAUACGAAAGAGGCCAUUUCUUCGUUCCUUAAGGUAGUCGUUCAUCUAAGAGACGGAAAGCCAGUCCUUACGAUUGAUGGAGAACCCCCUUUACAGGGAUUAAGGACAUAAUGAACAAAAAUGUGUUCACGCUAUUGAUAAGUAGCUGUUUGAUGUUCCCGGGGACCAAGUUGGAAACGCCAAAUGAUUGUGAGUUUGAGACUGACUUGUGCAACUGGUCGACAGAGGAUAGAAUUUACACUGAUACGUUUGGCAGAGUCAUUACGUUCUGCGGGAUUGGCGGGGAUUUGAAAAACUGCUACAGCACAGAGAGCAUUCACUCAGCUAUUCCAUUUGAAAUAAAGACAAUUGAUAAUGAGACCACAGCGCUCUUUGGUUUUUCAAAAGAUCUCGAAGGGAAAAAUUAUUCGUACACAGACAACAAGUUUUUGUACAGGGAUGGUAGAGGAACAGAAGACAAAAGUACCAACAUUUUAUAUUCAGUUCCUAUUUCGGCCUCCCCUACAGACCGCUGCUUGAAGUACCGGUUCCUCCUGGUAGGAUCUGUAUAUCUCACCGUCUCUUAUCUCACAGACUUUAACGACUUAUAUUUAGAUGUACCGACAGCUGCUCAUGCAUCAUUUGAAAGUCAACACUUUACCCACGGAUACACCAGCUUGCCGCUUCUGAGAGAGUUCAAGGUGUGUUAA